CACACGUCAAGACCCAGACCUAUCAUUCAUGUUGCGAGCGACACACACCUGAGUUGUUCAAGCUGGACUGAGGGUGUGUAUGGGAGAGGAGAAGGGUGGACAUAAAUGGAGUUCCCUCUCACUAAAGCUCCCGGUGGAGCUGCAAGUUCAGAGGAGCCGGGAGUCAUCCCUCCUGGUCGUUUGGGGUCUCUCACUGAGGAAACAGAGCCUGUAGAAUUACAGAAGUAUGACGACGAUGACAGGAGUCACCCGACAGCAAGCGCAGAUCGCCAAGCACCGUACUCAUAUGACAGUUCUUCAUCGUCCUCGGACACCGAGGAUGAACGCAAGAGGGAAAAGAAGAAGAAACUGAAGAAAAAGAAGAAGAAAAAGAAAGAUUCCAGUUCCUCUUCUUCCUCUUCAUCCUCUUCCAGCAGCUCAUCAGACAGCGAUAGUGAGGAUGACAAGAAAAAGAAGAAGAAGAAGACGAAGAAGAAAAAGGAGGAGAAGAAGAAAAUGGUGAAUGAGUACAUGUGGGACAGGUUGAUCAUAGCACCGACUGAUGAACAAAAGGAACUUCCUGGGGACUUGGAGUUAAAGCAGGAUUUCAAAUCAUCCGAUGACGGCAAUGACAAGAAAGAGAAACAGAAGGAUGAGAAGAAAAAGAACAAGGGUUCCUCUUCAUCUGACAGCUCAGACAGGGACAAAAAGAAGAAGAAAAAGAAGAAAGACAAGAAGAAGAAAAAGAAGAAAGACCAGAAAAAGGAUUCCUCAUCUUCUUCAUCAGACAGUUCUUCCUCUGAUAGUGAAGAUGAGAAGAAAAAGAAGAAGAAAAAAAAGAAGAAGAAAAAGAAGAAGAAAAAGAAGAAGGACUCCAGCUCCUCCUCCUCCUCCUCCUCCUCUUCUUCGUCUUCUUCUUCCUCUUCUUCCUCUUCAUCCUCCUCUUCUGACAGCGAUGAUGACAAGAAAAAGAAGAAGAAGAAAAAGGAUCAAAAGAAAAAGAAAGACAAGAAAAAGGAUGAAGAGCAAGACUCUCGUUCACCGGCUGCAGGAGUUAAUAUUGCAGAGAAAAGUACUGUUGGAGACACAGCAAAAGAUAUUUACGUUGACAAGUAUAAAGCAGCAGAAGAUCCAUCUCUGACCUACUUACCAGGUGAGGAGGGGCACCUGAGCGAUGAUGAGGGAGAGGGAAGGGAUGAGAAGGAGGUGAAGAAGAAAAAGAAGCUGAAGAAGAAGAAAGAGGUGGAAAAGGAUUCUGGUUCAUCUUCAGACAGUGAUGAUGACGAAAAAGACAAGAAAAAGAAAAAGAAGAAGAAGAAGGAUUCCAGCAGCUCCUCCUCCUCUUCUUCUUCGUCUUCUGAUAGCUCUUCUUCAGAAAGUGAUGAUGACAAGAAAAAGAAGAAAAAGAAGAAGAAGAAGAAGAAAAAGAAGGAUUCCAGUUCUUCCUCCUCCUCCUCUGACAGUGACGAUGAGAAGAAGAAAAAGAAAAAGAAGAAGAAAAAGAAGAAGAAAAAGGAUUCCAGUUCUUCUUCCUCCUCAUCCUCCUCUUCUGACAGUGACGAUGACAAGAAAAAGAAGAAAAAGAAGAAAAAGAAGAAAAAGAAGAAGAAGGAUUCCAGUUCUUCUUCCUCCUCAUCCUCCUCUUCUGACAGUGACGAUGACAAGAAAAAGAAAAAGAAGAAAAAGAAGAAAAAGAAGAAGAAGAAGAAGAAGAAGGAUUCCAGUUCUUCUUCCUCCUCCUCCUCCUCCUCUGACAGUGAUGAUGACAAAAAGAAAAAGAAGAAGAAGAAAAAGAAGAAGAAGGUAAAUAAACAUAAGGCCAGCUCUUCUGAUGACAGCUCUUCCUCCUCCUCAUCCUCCUCUGAUAGUGACAGUGACAAGAAAAAGAAGAAGAAGGAUAAAAAGAUGAAAAAGAAGAAGAAGAAGAAGAAGAAGAAGGAUUCUUCCUCAUCCAGUGAUUCUUCUAGUGAUGAUGGCAAAAGGAAGAAAAAGAAGAAAAAGGACAAGAAGAAAAAGAAGGACAAGAAGAAGAAGAAGAAGAAGGACAAGAAGAAGAAAAAGGAUUCAAGUUCCAGUUCCUCAAGUUCCAGUUCUUCAAGUUCCAGCGACAGUGACAAGGAAAACAAAAAGGCCAAGAAAGACGAGAAGAAAAAGGAGAAGAAAAGUCCUGGUGCUGAGCUAAGCGGCGAUCCACAAACGCAGGUGUCGGAUCCAGGUGCGAGCGGAUACUCGGCAUUUAGCAGAAGCUCCGGUAUCAACUUUCCACUGCUUCCCUCGAAACCUGUUGUGAACCUGGAUCCUCCGAUCCCUCCGGCUCCCUCACUCUCCACAAUUGGCGGUGGAGAUCGCGCACCCGUUCGCAGGCCCUUAAGCCCCAUGGAGUCAUUGAUGGGGGGUACAUUUCGGUACAGGGACCCGGGGACCCGUUCCACUUCACACCUCAGCUCUAGUAGUCUAUACCGAGGCCACAGGUCUUACCAGUGAUCAGAUGUCAAAACUGUUCACAGAUGUUACAUGUUCAUCACACGAGUGGAAGUUGACGUGCGCUCCGAUGACAAAUCACUCUGUGACAGUUCGAUAUGAUGUCUAAUGACAUUGAAUUAAAGGAAAUCUUGUGUUGUCGUUGUCAUUGUGGUGCAAAGAAAAAAAAAAAAGGUGAUUUUUUUUUUUUUAAUAUAUAUAUAAAAAAAUAUGUAUACCGGUAUUUAGAUCACAUGAAAUAAUUCAAUGUUUGCUUCAGGUAAUAAAACAACAAGGUUGUAUUUUG